AUGUUGCGACUUGCUCAUCUCCUCCUCUUCUUGACCGCCUUCUCCGCCUUUGGAUUGGUCCUGGCCGCCGACUGUCCAGGUGCCGACGACGAAGGCUGGCGUGGUGAGAAAGCGGGCGUGGGCACGGGCACGGGCGGAUCGUGCCCGCUCUGCUCCGUGGCUCAAGCUGAUGAUUGCGACUGCCUCUCCCCAGAGCUUUUCAAGUAUCCCGGCAACCUCCAGUCUGCUUUUGGAACUUGGAGUUCAGAGUGCAAAAGCGUCGCGAAUGGCAAACCUGAAACUAGAGGGGACAGCGUUCUCGCAGAGGUGGCUUGUCGAGGCCCGUGCGUGUGCGCGGAUCAUCUCGGCGCAAUCUAACGCUCGGCUGACGACAUUUCUCGACUCUACGCAGCACCGGUCUCGAUCUGGGAUGCACAGUCUACUCCUCUCUGGAUUCGAAGAAUCCCUCUGCGUGGAUCCUGACCACCCCCUGA